UGUGCCAAUAAGGUGAAAAUUGAAGACAGGGGGCGAGGCGAAAAGAAGAACAUGACCAGAGGUUGGGACUCGCAGCCAGGAUUUGUGACGUGGUUUACAGUACUGGGGCAGUCUGUAAAGAAAGGCAGACACCGAAAGCAAUCAAGGAUCCUGCUGCUAGUUUCGCCACAGCUCCGUGUUCGUGGACGACGUCUGGCUUCUGCCCACAGAGAUACUAAGUGUGGUCGUAUGAAUGUGUCCUUGUUUUUACGUACGUGAGGUAGACAGGACGUCUCAUCCCUCCAGAGAUUCAGUUGUGAAUGGACGUAAGGGCUCCUGAAUGAAUGAUCAGUUGGCUGGUUUUAAGGAUACCUCAUGGAAACUUUUGUAUUCAGUGACACGUCGGUUUUUACUGUGAAUGCUCUCUGGACUAUUUAAUUUGACGCGUUUCCUCUGUUUUGGAUUUACCUUUUUAUAAUUUAACCGUAUGUAUUGCUGAUCUGGUCGCUAUUUGACAGCUGAAACAUGACGCUUUAUGUAGAAGGUCUGAGUAAAGGAGAGGCCAGAGGUGGGAUGGCUGAGUUCCAGGAAAUGAUGCGGCAGCAGCUGGAGAGCUCCAUGCACACCGAACUGGAGAAACUGCUGGACACAACCACAGGCGCAGAGAGAGAGGUGUCCAGGAAAGACUUUGAGGGCUUCAAGAAUCUUUUCCACAGAUUUCUGCAGGUGAAGGGGCCAUCGGUAGAAUGGAUAAAGAUCCAGAGACCACCAGAAGACUCGAUCCAGCCCUACGAUAAGAUCGCUGCUCGAGGCCUGCCAGACAACGUGGCUAACAGCCUGAACAAACUGGUGGUGGUGAAGCUGAAUGGAGGCCUGGGCACCAGCAUGGGGUGUAAGGGCCCCAAGAGCCUGAUCAGUGUCCGCAACGAGAACACCUUCCUGGACCUCACUGUGCAGCAGAUAGAGCACCUGAACAAGACCUACAACACUGACGUGCCCCUGGUCCUCAUGAACUCCUUCAACACAGAUGAGGACACGAAGAAGAUCCUGCAGAAGUACACACACCACCGUGUCAAGAUACACACCUUUAACCAGAGCAGGUAUCCUCGCAUCAACAAAGAGUCCCUCCUCCCCGUGUCCACAAACUUGAGAAUGAAUGGGCAAAGCUCAGAAGGCUGGUACCCUCCAGGGCACGGCGACAUUUACGCCAGCUUCUACAACUCGGGCCUGCUGGACCAGCUGAUUGCGCAGGGCAAAGAGUACAUCUUUGUGUCCAACAUCGACAACCUGGGAGCCACCGUCGACCUCCACAUCCUGGACCACCUGGUCAGCCAGCCCAACGGCAAGCGCUGCGAGUUCAUCAUGGAGGUGACGGAUAAGACGCGCGCUGAUGUCAAGGGUGGCACGCUGAUCGAGUAUGAAGGAAAACUGCGCCUGCUGGAGAUCGCCCAGGUCCCCAAGGCCCAUGUGGAUGAAUUUAAAUCAGUUUCCAAGUUCAAGAUCUUCAACACCAACAAUCUGUGGCUGUCUUUAGCUGCUAUCAAGAGGCUGCAGGAACAGAAAGCAAUGGACUUGGAGAUUAUAGUCAACCCCAAGACCCUUGACGGCGGGCUGAACGUCGUGCAGCUGGAGACGGCGGUUGGCGCCGCCAUCAAAUGCUUUGACAACGCCCUGGGCAUCAACGUACCUCGCAGCCGCUUCCUGCCCGUCAAGACCACAUCGGACCUGCUGCUGGUCAUGUCCAACCUGUACAGCCUGGAGGCCGGCUCUCUCAUCAUGAGCCCCAAGAGAGAGUUCCCAACAACGCCACAUGUCAAACUGGGCAGCUCCUUCACCAAGGUUCAGGAGUACGCAUCCCGCUUCGAGAGCAUCCCUGACAUGCUGGAGCUCGACCACCUGACGGUGUCUGGAGACGUCACCUUUGGGAAAAACGUUUCUCUCAAGGGCACCGUCAUCAUCAUCGCCAACCACGGAGAUCGGAUUGAUAUUCCAGCCGGCUCCAUGCUGGAAAACAAAAUUGUAUCUGGAAACCUCCGCAUCAUGGACCACUAAUGCCCCCCCCACCCCCCACACAGACACACCCCCCCCCCCACCCCACCCACACACACACACUCGUCAUGUGACCCAGUUGGCUUUCUCCCAGUCAUGUGACCCAUUUGUCAAGUUUAUCCGACACCAACAGAUUGUGGGAGGAAGUGUUUCUCCCUGAAGGCUGUGUGUGAUUUCAUGCGCAGUCUCAACAUUAGGAAGUAGUUUACAUAGCUGGUGGUGGUUUGUAGCUGGGACGUACUGCCCUCUACAGAACGUUUAUUAUAUGACAUAAUAAGCUACUUAUAACAAUAACAAUGACCUAUAACCAUGAUAGAGAGACAAACAACAGAUUUUAUUUUCCAUCCUCCUUUAACUGUAGUGAAUUGUACUGUUUUUUGGGGGGGGGCUAGAAAAAAGAACCUGACAAAAUAGACUAAAAUAAAUAAAGAUACUAUUAUAAUAUUAUUAAUGGGUAUAUAAAUGGGACUACACAUCUGAGGGUAAACCAGAUGAAUUUAGCAUCAUCUUCAUCAUCCGUGUGCUCUUACAGCAUUGCUCAUGCAGUCACAGUGCACUUGUAGAGAUGGCAAAGUCAUGGUUUCUGAAGCUAUGGACCAAGUUUUGACCACGUUUUGACCAUUUAUUUCAAGCACACAGACUUCGCUUUGGGACUCGGCAUGGUUCCACAGUUCAGCUGUGAGAAGAUGUGUUCAGCUGAAAGAAAUAAUUUAUCUAUUAUCUAUACCUGGAGCAUGAAUUAUGGAAGGUAUCAAUCAUCCACCAAGAAUUGCUGCUCACCAAACAUUUUCCAACAAUGUUCUUGGCUACUGCACAUUAAUAAGUGCAGCCAGAGCAGUUUGGAAAGGUGAUUAGCAAUUAAACUUAGGGACACGUGGGGGCAGCGCAACAUAGACAAAUGAUCAAUUCGUCAGGUGAAACACAAAUCCUAUAGAAUUAUAAUCUCUGCGUCUGCUCGAUGAGUAAAUAGCCAAAGUUUUCCAAACACAGUCGCCAUAAAUUUGUGAAACAGUGAAGUCUAAUAUUCACUCUUCAGUCUCUCCAACUCCUGAGGGAGCUGCUCACCAAGUCAUCAAGUGCAUUUCCAUCCACAGUCUGUCUGUAAGUUUGACUUACGCGUCUACUGAAGAGACAAAAACAAUGAGGAGACUGUAAUGUUUCUCAGAUUAAUACAUGCCACAUGGUUUUCGUUCACCGCCGUUUUAAUCAUGUAAUCUUGUGCCGUCUUGUUCUGUGAAGUUUAAUGGCAACCGACUGUAGAGUUAAUAGCAGAAGUGUAUAGAAACGGGCAUUAAUUUGCAUUUCUUUUGCAAAACUUGCUUUUUAUCUGUCUGUAACAUUACAGUGAUGAGAGCGGUGAGGCUGAACCAAAAUAGUUGAAGCUGAAAGACGCCAAAUAGUUCUGUAGCGCUGAGAGGAACUGCACAGUUUCAGUUUGAUCCUCAGAUAUGAGUAUUAAUAUAAAUAUAUUAAUUCGAGUAGUUUAAAGUCAAAACAUCAAAACGACAAUUUUUACUGGAUAACAACAUAAUGAUGAAAGUCUGAAGUGGAGUUUGUGCCAAGAAAUAAAUGGGUAACUUUCUUCCAAAGCGAUGACAACUGUGACUUUCCCAUUACAGAGCGUAGAACAUUCGUCCACUGGACGUAUUUACUCCUCCAGCGUCCAGGCUAACCUUGUCUUGCCUGAAAAGCUCCCAGGAGUUUGUGCCAUAGAGGAGAAACUAACAUGUUACCCCACGUGAUGCCUGAACCAUAUUCAUCUCUGGUUAUUGAGCUUUGUCAUGAUGUUCCUGGAUGAAGACUGUAUUGAUCCACAUCCAGGCGCGAUCACAGUGUCAAGAAAUCGUAAUGUAAUAACUGAAAUGAUAUUAUAAAGCGAAGGCCUUUUUCUUUGCGAUGUAGAUGAUGAAAUAUCAACAAUGUCGUGCAUUAUUUUUUGGUUUGUUUGCUCACAUUUUGACCUUAACGUUAUAUGAAACCUCAUGCCUCCAUUAAUUAAUUAGUGUCAAAUCCCUCCUGUCGCCUCUGUCCUGCCCAUCCUUCAGGGUGAACUGUCCACACGAAGCGAGACAGGAGGGGCAAUGAUUUCUGCAGUGUUGGUUUACAGACACACACACACACACACACACACACACACACACACACACACACAUUCACAGAUUCAAACUGUAGAUAUUUUUAAAACAUGUACACAAAGUUUCAGUGUGAGAAUACCUGAGAUAGUCUGACGGCAAUAAGUGUUAACGGUGACGAGGUCUCAGCCCGGCCCAGUUCUGCCUCCUCGGAGCUGAAUAAAGUGCAAUAUGAAUGAG